AUGUAUCACCAUACACGCCUGUCGUCGACGCAUCGGUCUCGUGCAAUUUCUGUCUCUGCAAUCCUCAUCAUCCAUGCAUACUCUCUUUCUUUUGCACUGUUUCACCCCAUCAAUCUUCCAUCGCUAUCUUCGACUGGAGACGCAUGUCCCACACAAAGCAACGAGGUUUCCUGGUCGCAUUCGACCUCCCCGUGUAUAAUCGGCCUUUGUGUCCCUCAUGUACAACCAAUGGACUCCUCUGUCGGAUCCUCAGUCUCUUCGUCUUUGUCUCGUGUACGGCAUAGCGACUCCCAAUGCACAACACCACAAUCGCUCAUUCUGCGAAUCUCUCUCUCUCUCUCUCCGUCUCUAUCCCUCGUAUGCAAACCUCAUCUUCGUUACACACCAUUACCCCCUUAUUUCUCUUCUAGUUCUCUUACGUGUGAAGUUGACAGCCUAACAGUCCCCUUUCACUGGUCUUAUUCCUUCUCCCAUUUUAUUUUAUUCUUCAUUUUACCAUACCUAUCUUUCGUCUUUACUUCUCGGCCGUACACUUCUGAUGGUCUAUCGCAUGGCGUGACUUAUCAUAUUCCUUGUUAUUCUCCGUUCAUCAUCAUCCGAACUCGAGUCCUUUUCCCAUCACCCUCUUCUAUCUUUUACCUUCGCCCAUUGUGUUAUAUUUCACAUCGUCAUGUUGCAACACCCGUCUUCCGACUCCCUGUCGUCUUUACAUCGCCGGCCUGA